AUGGCGAUAUUGAGCCUUUGGCCUCAUCAUGACUUUUCCUCACCAAGUGUUCAUUGCAUGACAACCAACCCACCAUUCUCAGUUGCUACACACGGGAUAGAAUCAUCGUUUCUCUCGAUCAAUCACGAAACUUCAGAAAAAGAGGCCGAAAUGUCCUACCCGGCGCAGGACUUGCAGCCAAACACCCUGUACCUGACCAUCUCAACACCUGAAGCACCCGCGAGCGCCAUCGCACACAUCUACGAUGUCGACAUGACCUGGCUCCAAGGCGCCCUGGCCGCACCCAUGGAAGGAGCCGACAACUUUGAAUGGGGAAUCUACUGGCAUCGAGGCCACCAAGACGGAACCUGGUACAUGAUGCACCGCGCUGGCGACCCUGAAUUGCCCACCUACCAACUUGGCCUCAAGAUGAAGCACCCCUUCAAGAGCAUGGAGAUGAGGCAGUCUCCCCGCCUCCACCACCACGUCGUCGGACUCAUCCGUCUCAUGCGAAUCACCGACCUGACUGGUCUUGAAAUCACGACCUAUCUCGACUGGCUCGCACCCAGGGCCGCCAUGAAGGCGCAGCGGAGCGUCAUGUGGGCGAUGACGGUCUACGGCCGGACGAGGAAGCACGUCGCCAAGGCGCGCGGAAUUUGUGAGCUUGGAUUCGAUACCUCUGGGUUGAUCCGCGAGUUGCUGCAGUUUGCGCAUCGUGAGAUUUGGUAUUCGUUGGCUGGACAGCUGCCGCGUCCGAUCUUUCAGCCGCCUGUCGGAGUUGAGAAGGAGACAGCUUGA